CAGGGCCACGGGGCAGCCGGGCCGCACGGCCACGCCAGCGCCGCCUGCCGCGAGCCGGAGCCCGAGCCGGAGCCGGGCGGGGCGGGCAGGGCAGCUCGGCCCCGGGAACCCUGUGGGAGGCCUGAGUGUGUCUCUCCCGCCCCCAGUCUGGCUCCCACCAUGAGCGCCGAGCUCAACGUGCCUGUGGACCCCUCCACUCCUGCCUGCUCCGAGCCAGGCCACAAGGGCAUGGAUUACCGGGACUGGGUUCGCCGCAGCUACCUGGAGCUGGUCACCUCCAACCACCACUCGGUGCAGGCCCUGUCCUGGAGGAAGCUCUACCUGAGCAGGGCCAAGCUGAAGGCCUCCAGCCGCACCUCCGCCCUCCUCUCGGGCUUCGCCAUGGUGGCCAUGGUGGAGGUGCAGUUGGAGACGCAGUACCAGUACCCGCGGCCGCUGCUCAUCGCCUUCAGUGCCUGUACCACGGUGCUGGUGGCCGUGCACCUCUUCGCCCUGCUCAUCAGCACGUGCAUCCUGCCCAACGUGGAGGCCGUGAGCAACAUCCACAACCUCAACUCCAUCAGCGAGUCCCCGCACGAGCGCAUGCACCCCUACAUCGAGCUGGCCUGGGGCUUCUCCACCGUGCUGGGCAUCCUGCUCUUCCUGGCCGAGGUGGUGCUGCUCUGCUGGAUCAAGUUCCUGCCGGUGGACGCGCGCCAUCAGCCCGGACACCCGGCCGGCCCCGGCGGCCACACGGGCUGGCAGGCAGCCCUUGUGUCCACCAUCAUCAUGGUGCCCGUGGGCCUCAUCUUCGUGGUCUUCACCAUCCACUUCUACCGCUCGCUGGUGCGCCACAAAACUGAACGGCACAACCGGGAGAUCGAGGAGCUGCACAAGCUCAAGGUCCAGCUGGACGGGCACGAGCGCAGCCUGCAGGUGGUGUGAGGCGCCGCCGCGCGGCCUGAGGGCCCCACGCCAGGCCGAGCCCGGGUCGCCUGCGAUUUGGAGAAUUUCGAAACUGCAGAUUGCUAAGGAGGCUGCCUAGACACUGCCAGAUCGUUCAAGACCAAAGUUUGACUCCUGUCUUCAUGCUAUAAAACCUGGAUUUUCCCUUAGAAAAAGGAAAUCUUUAAUUAAAUGAGAGACUGUUGCAAAGAGCUUAGGGGAAAGAUAAGCCGAGUCUUUGGCCCUGGGGAUUUCCUGCAGGGCUCCGAGCAGCCCCCAGCAGUCAAGGGCAAUCUCAGAGACAUGGACUGGGUGGCCAGCGGGUGCAGAGGCCCAGAGGCUCGGGGCAGGGCCGUGAGUCCAGGGAACGGAUUGCCCUGUGACACCCAAGGUGGGUUUUGUGGUGGUCGGGUGGCACAUCUGAUGGUACCAGCUUGCUGAGAUUAGAUGGGGCACAGGAUCACAGUUUGACCUGGAGCUUCCCUCCCCUGUCCUGGAGGGAGUUGGGUGGCCUGGCUUGUGGGACAGGGCAGGAGCCUGGGACCCAUGUCAGCCCAGCAGGUGCGGGGCUCCAGUAGGCAGCAGACUUGUCAGACCCCAGGGAGACGGGGAGACUUGCAAGGUAGAGGCCUGGCAGAGUGCAGACUUGUCUGUGCACGUCCCGUGUGAGAUGCCCGCUUGAGGAGGCUGUUAACUGGGGGGUGCUCCCCACAAGGCUCAAAUUCUCUCUUCUCAGCCAGCCUAGAGCCCUGGUCAUGUAGACCCACUGGGGCCACCAGGAUGGGAAAGGGCCCACAGUCCAGAGGCUUCCGUCUCUUGGCCCCAGAAUGUCCUCUGAGCCUGAGUCAGCUGCCCCUCUGAGCUGUGGCUGCAGAAGGCCAGGGGCACCUGCUCAGGCAGCAGAGCCGGCUCAUCUUUCUGAUACCCGUGGUCCCAGCCGUGGGACGGGGCAGCCUGGGGGACUUCCUGUCUGGACAAGGCUGUUGGCCUGGCCUGGUCUGUGUGUGGUGGAGCCCAGGGCCAGCCCUGGCAAAUGCAGGUCCUGCUCACAAUGAUGUGGAACAACCACAGGGAAGGCAAGAGCCCACAUAGUGCCCCACACCUGGGCCCCCCGGGCCUCGCAGCCAAAUGCAGGGCCCAGUCCACACGUUUACACAGCCAUGCGCAUGUGGGUUCUGGUGUUUUCACUCGGGCAUCGGGGAGACCUGAGCCCAGGUUCUUUGGCUGUACACACUUAUGCUACAGCCCAGCCUGGGUGUGAGCACUCUGCACCCUGAGCUGCUCUGAAAAACCACCUUUACCACAUUGGCCAGCAGCCACCUGGAGGGAGGCCCUUUCUUCUGUUUUCCUAAGUAGUAUUGGACUUCGUGCUCUGAUGGCCUUUCUCUUGACAGCUUACUAUGUCUGUGGGGUCUGGGUUGCCUGUGCCAAGAAAUCCAGGCUGGCCUGGCUGAGGUUUCUGGGAAUGUGACACACUGUUGCUCACAGAAACCCUAACACGUGACUCUGAAAUGCUGAGGGCCCCUGGGAGCUGUGCUCAGAAUCCCCAGUGCAAGUCGUGACAUUUACGGGGAGCCCAGGCAGCAUGUCUCGUGGGGCCAGAGAAGAGCCCUGGCAUCUUCUGAAGGGAGAAGGGUGUGUCCCUUGCAUCUUCUGCAGGCGUCUGUCGUGACUUGCUUGCUCUCUAGCGCAUGCCCAUUUUGUCCCGGAGCCUUAUUAAAAAGGCUUGUCUGGUUUAA